CGGCUAUUGGCCAAAAUUCUCGCACGGUGGGCGGUGACUGGGCGACCUGGAAGGAGGCUGACGCCAGACCAGAGUGUUACGGGCCCAUGGCGGCACGGGACCUACGGGCUAAGCUGGACUCGCUGCUCCUGCAGCUGCUGCGGGACUUGGAAGAACUGGAGGCGAAGCGGGCGGCGCUGAACGCCCGGGGGUGGCUCUCGCUCUCCAAAGCCCGCUACGCCAUGGGUACCAAGUCGGUUGGGCCCCUACAGUAUGCCUCUCGCAUGGAGCCCCAGGUCUGCGUCUGUACCAGCGAGACGCAAAACGGUCUCCAGAAAUUUCGGGUGGUAAGAGCCAGCGCCCAGACUCCAGAGGAGGUGGGGCCCCGCGAGGCAGCUCUGCGCAGGCGCAAGGGCCUCACCAGGACCCCAGAGCCAGAACCCUCCCCAGCCCCCCAGGACCCUCUGAACUGGUUUGGAAUCCUGGUUCCCCACAGUCUGCGGCAGGCCCAGGCCAGCUUCCGGGAGGGCCUACAGCUGGCUGCAGACAUGGCCAGCCUUCAGAUCCGCAUCAGCUGGGGUCGAAGCCAGCUCCGGGGGCUCCAGGACACACUCAAGCAGCUGGAGUCUGGGGCCGCCUGACCUGUGGCCAGACGCAGGCCGUGAGCACAGCUGUUCUUCCAUGUGGUUGCCUUGUCUAGGCCUUCCUGUCCCUGUUCCCCCCACCCGAAUUCCCCUCUGUAAAACGUCUCUGGUCUGCGUGUUUCCAACUUUGUUAGGUGUGAAAGUUUGAAGAGGCAAACUGAGGGAUAUUGAAAGUCACCACUGUGAAACCACUUCUAGUCCUGUGUUCUAGGACAGAUGUACAGGGCAGGUGCAAAGCUGUUAGGUUAGCUUACACUAGUGAACAACUAGAACAACCUUAGCAUAAAUCAGUAUAGGUGACAUGCUACACAGCUGUGGCGGGAAGGACAAGAAGUAGGUGCUUCGGUUCCACUAGAUCAGGGGUGUCCAAACUUUUUUCAACGUUUUCCACCAAGGGCCAUAUGCAGUAAAAUA